AUGUCUUGGUCAACAUUUAACGGUUCGGGAGGUACAAUAGAGGCGAAUAGGGGAAGGUCAUCAAGUACGUCUGGACCCUCGAGGGGUGGAGGGAAUAUUGAAGCUCCAGUCGGUCUUGGUGGCUUAUUUGCAGCUGGCGUUCCAAAACUUAAGAAUAGGGUGCCACCCACAUUACCAAGUGCACGUCCAAGUGCUGCUGUUCGAUCAACUAAUACGCAACCACCCGCUUUACCGGGUAGAAAUACAAAGGGUACUUCCCAUAAUAACAAUAGCUCCUCCACACCACAAAUACCGCAGCGACCAACCCCUGCUAAUCCUGGAAGAGUUGUGCCGCCAAUACCCGCUCAAAAUGGAUUAAACCCUCCUUUACCAUCACGCACUAGGAUUAAUAAUAAUAGCUCACCACCACCAUUACCAGGUCGAAAUAAUACACAAUCAUCGUCUCCAAAAGGGUCACCACGCCAAGUAUUACCUACUAAUACCAUUGACAAACAUCGACCACCAGCACCCGUUUUACCAACUAAUGGAACACAAAACCUUCGAAAGACAUCAGGCCAACAGAAAAAUUCACAAUCUGUAGCAUUUGCACCUCAAGAACCUCCAACAACAGAAGGACGAUGGACUUUUCAUCCUUCUUCUGACUUCCCUGCUCCUCGUACUUUUAUUAACUCUGAAAAAUUAUAUCCAUCUGGUGCUUCUUCAGGAAGUUCAAUCCCAUUAGAUUUAUCUUCACUAUCCAUAGCAGCAAAUCCACAGCGUGCUCCGCCUCCACCACCGCCAGGUGUUGGGCGAAUAAAUGGUAGUAAAAGGUGA